AUGAUUCCAGCCAGCUGGCUGCCAACUCAGUGUUGCAGCACCACAGAGAGGAUCCCAGGAGCUGAUGUUUUGUUGUUUGGAGGACAGGCAGGAGAUCAGAACCAAGCAGAUGAAUACAGGCAAGAUAAUCUGAAGGUCAAAGCCAAUGCCAAUGUCGCUAACGUGGUCGGUUGUCAGAGCCAGGAGAUCAGAGAUACAGUGAGUUUAGUACCAAAAAGAAGAAUCGUCCUGGUUGGACAAACUGGAGUUGGAAAAAGUAGCCUUGGAAACACGCUAUUUAAAGAUGAGAAGUUCAAAGCCAGCCAUGAUCCAGACUCUGGGAUGAUAAUCUGUGAAACAAAGACCAAAUGCAUCGGUGGAAGACAAAUCACUUUGAUCGAUUUGCCCGGUUUGUUUGAUCCAGAAAAAGAUGAAAAAGAGCUGAAGCCAGCGUUGAUUAAGUGUAUCACAGAGUGUUCACCUGGACCACAUGCUUUUCUCAUCGUGCUCAACAUAGAGGUUUAUACAGAGAAAGGCAAAGAUGUCAUCAGCAGAAUGAAUGAAUACCUCUCUGAGGAUGUGUUUAAACAUGCUAUUGUUGUCUUUACUCAUGGUGAUAGUUUCCCUAGAAGACAACGAGUCAAAGAGUUUGUGAAGACCAAUUCCUUUCUCAAAGAUUUAGUUGAAAAGUGUGGAAAUCGAUGCCACGUCGUUGAUAAUAAAUACUGGAGCAAGCGAUCAAAGUAUAGAUACAGAAGCAACAAGUAUCAGGUGAAGAAACUUCUCAAGUCUAUAGAAAAGACAGUGGAAGCAAACAAUGGAAGCUGCUAUACAAAUAAAAUACUACAAGACAUAGAGAGAAUAAUUAAACAAGAAGAGAAACACAUCGCAGAGUCUUCAAGAAACAUACCAGAGGAAAAAGUCAGAGAAACUGCUCAAGAAAGAGUGUAUAAUAUCCUAAAGAAAGCAGCAGGCUUUACUACAGGUGCUGUGACAGGAGCUUUUUUUGGUGUACUAGCAGUCUUCAAAGGGGUUUCAGUUGCUGCUCAGUUGGGAGCAGCAACUGAAAGACUCUUGAAAGCAUGGACUGGAACCGCUGCAAAACUGGCUUUAGAUGCAGCAGGAAAACCAACAGCAGCAGACCAAGUGUCAACAGAGCAAGAAGGAAAGGGAUCUGAAGGAACAAGAGGUCUUCAAGCAACAGGUAUAGGAGAAGGCAUGGGAGUGGGGAUGCCAGUACUGGCUGCAGCUGCAGGAGUAGGAGCAAUACUUGGUGGUAUCAAAGGAUAUGAAGCAGCAGAGAAAGCAGAAACACCAUGGGAAGCUGCAACAGAGGCAUUUAAGUCU